UGGAGCGGUAAUGACACUUGCCCACCAGGUGGUGGCAGUGUUACGCACACAUUUUACGGCCUACCCGUAGAAAAAAAAAGGGAAGGAGAGCACUUCCUACUACCGACGAGAUGGCUGGAGAGCUGACAUUCACCUUGCUGGUGGAAAUGGACGAGAUAAGUCCAUUGCUGUACAACCAAGCACGCGAGGGUUCAGAUACUCUGUCUCCCAAUCUGAGGCCAAGACACCAGGAACUGAUCCCGACGCCAUGUGGACCGAUAAAGAGCUGGUCGGAGCUGUCGUGCCCGCUCAAGUCCUACUUCUGCUUGACCGUGGCGUCCCUACUGGCGCUGCUGGGUCUCACCGUGUCCAGCGUCUACAAGCAGCACACGGGCACGGCCGCCUCGGACGAGGACAACUUGACCGUCUCUCUCAUCCAGCUCAUUGGAAUAUUGUUCUGCGUGUACUACAUCAGCCGAGGGGUUCUCCAGGACAACAGACAAGAGCUGGUCAAGUUUGUGCUGAGUGUGCUGGUGGUCGUGCUGCGGUCCGUGGUCAACUUCUGUGUGCUGGACUCCGAGGACCGGAUGAAGCUGCUGGUGCGCUUUGUGUGCAUCGUGAGCGUGGGCCUGGUCCACAUCUUCUGCACCACGCUGCUCAUCCGCAGACCAAACACCAUGGCCUUCCGUGUGGGCGGGGCCUUGGAGAGCCUCCAAGAGCAGUACUUUGUGCUGAACCUCUGCUUCUCCAUGGUGACCUUUGACCUGCAAGCACAGUUGUGUCUGUGUGUCCUGGUCACCACGUGGGACUCCACCAUGUCCACCCGCAACGGCGUCCUCCUGGGAGUGGGCGUGGUCUGGGCCUGCCUGACCGCCGCCGUCGGAGCAGCUGCAGUAAGUGCUAAAGGAGUCCAAAGUCCUGGUGUGGAUCUUCAUGACACUGAACCUCCCUCAAGUGGCCUUCAUAGUCUUCCUCGUUUACACGCUGGUGGUGCGGUGGCAGGAGGACACGUCGUACACGCUGGAGGCGGCUGCCGUCACCGGAGGCCUGGUCUCUCUGUUCAUUAAAGUGCUUCUGCUGUGGAGCCUGGUCAGGCUGGUUCGCAGCUUCGGUCAAGGCCUCCGAGAGAGAAGUGAGUGAGGACGGUGUCAAAGUGAGGAAAAGUCUUUAAGUCGUGUUUGGGGAGUAAAUAUUUCUUCUUUGCAGUGUUUGCAGGCAGCCAGUGAGAAGAUGCCAGGGGUUAAAGGUCACAGCUGCACAGACCUGAGCAUGGAUCACUUUUUUUUUAUGCAAAAACAAACAAAAGUCUUCCGCUACUGCAGAAAAAGUUAAGGCUUUUGUUUUUUUUUCAUCUUAAUUUUUUCCCAACAUUAAUUUUAUUCUUCCACUAAUUCAUGUGAUCAGGACUUUUUUUCUUCUACUUAAUAUUCUGGUUUCAAUUUUGCACUUCAAUUUACUCAAUGAUUCUGCACUUAUUAAUGUUGGAAUUUAAAGUUGUUUUUGGGUGGCAGCAUAGUUCGGUUGGUAAAGUGGCCGUGCCAGCAACUUGAGGGUUCCAGGUUCGAUCCCCGCUUCCGCCAUCCUAGUCAGUGCUGUUGUGUCCUUGGGCAAGACACUUUACCCACCUGCUCCCAGUGCCACCCACACUGGUUUAAAUGUAACUUAGAUAUUUGGUUUCACUAUGCAAAGCGCUUUGAGUCACUAGAGAAAAAGCGCUAUAUAAAUAUAAUUCACUUCACUUUUUUAAAGGCCUACUGAAAUGAGAUUUUCUUAUUUAAAUGGGGAUAGCAGGUCCAUUCUAUGUGUCAUACUUGAUCAUUUCGCGAUAUUGCCAUAUUUUUGCUGAAAGGAUUUAGUAGAGAACAUUGACGAUAAAGUUUGCAACUUUUGGUCGCUAAUAAAAAAGCCUUGCCUGUACCGGAAGUAGCAAACGAUGUGGGCGUGACGUCACGGUUUGUGGAGCUCCUCACAUCCUCACAUUGUUUACAAUCAUGGCCACUAGCAGCGAGAGCGAUUCGUACCGAGAAAGCGACGAUUUCCCCAUUAAUUUGAGCGAGGAUGAAAGAUUCGUGGAUGAGGAUAGAGUGAACGACUAGGAAAAAAAAAAAGACAGGGCAGUGGGAGUGAUUCAGAUGCUAUUAGACAAAUUUACUAGGAUAAUUCUGGAAAAUCCCUUAUCUGCUUAUUGUCUUACUAGUGUUGUAGUAAGAUUAUACUGUCGUACCUGAAAGUCGGAGGGGUGUGGUGACCGCCAGUGUCUCUGAGGGAAGCUGCCUCUUUGACAGGUGCACGAUGAAUGACGCAAGCUCCGCUCAUGUCUACGGUAACAGCCGACUUUUUACCACAAUUUUCUCACCGAAACCUGCCGGUUAACAUGUUUGCUUGACUGCUCUGUUCCAUAGUAAAGCUUCACCUUCGGGAAUGUAAACAAGGAAACACCAGCUGUGUUUGUGUUGUUAAAGGCAGCUGCAAUACACCGCUUCCCACCUACAUCUUUCUUCUUUGACGUCUCCAUUAUUAAUUGAACAAAUUGCAAAAGAUUCAGCAACACAGAUGUCUGAAUACUGUGUAAUUAUGCGAUUAAAGCAGACGACUUAUAGCUGGGAUCGGGCUGGAAAAAAAUGUCCGCUACAAUCCAUGAUGUCAUCAUACUGACGUUUUCAACAGGAUGCUUCGCGCGAAAUUUAAAAUUGCAAUUUAGUAAACUAAAAAGGCCGUAUUGUCAUGUGUUGCAAUGUUAAUAUUUCAUCAUUGAUAUAUAAACUAUCAGACUGCGUGGUGGGUAGUAGUGGGUUUCAGUAGGCCUUUAAUAUCCAUGCACUAUACUUUUUGUAAUUUUAAAAUAUAAGCAAUAUAAACAUUUUUAAUAAAAUUAAAAAGCUUCCCAUGAAUAACAUUUGAGGAAUGUAUAUGUAUAUUUCAUUUACAUUUUCAUUGCACUUUAUUAUUUUUUUUAAAUACAUUCGUAAUAUUAAUAUGAAGAUCUAAAAUUUAAAUGUUCUUGUAAUUAUUUUUGCAAAAUUUUACCUUUCUGCAUUUAUUUUUUUAAAGGAAUGCACAAUUACUAAUACUUAUAUAACAUUUUAAUUUCUAACAAUUUCUGAAUUCAAAAUAUGGUGAUUUUUUUAAAAAAGUUUUUAAUUAAAGUUUUUGAAAAAGUGCUGUUUCAAGUGACUUUGUUUACUGGAAUAUUCUGUGCUUCAAGUGGAAGGAAAUACUUGAAUUCAAAAGAAAUGAAGGCUGAAGAGUGGAAAUAUGACACCAGGAUUGUUGUCAGUAUCGGAGCUGGCAUGUUUUCAACUGUACUUUUUAUGUGUAAAUGCAGUAUUUAUCUACAAUGAAGACAUAAAAGUCCCGCGACAACAAAAGAAGAAAACUUGUUGACGUGUUUAAAAAAAUGUAGCAAACAAGAUUUAUUUUCCCCAAUGCUGUAAACAGGUCAAUAUUAAGAGAUUUGAAAAAUACAUCUUAUUAAAACCUUUAUAUAUCUAUAUUUAUACAUAUAUAUACAUACACAGUACAUACUUUUUGACUUUAAGAGCUUAGUUGGUCCUCUUGCUCAUUUCCAAAUGCAACGGAAUGUUGCCAUGGCAACAAGAUAUGUCAAGUUAGGCCACACACGUGUAUUGCUAUGGCUUCAGAGGAGUCGUGUGUAAAAAAAGAAAUAAAUUGGUUGGUAUUGGUCAUUAAAAACGCAGCUGCGUGAUAAAACUACACGAAUGUGAAUGAAUGAAAGUAGAAAAAUAAAGGUGAUGUAAACGUUGACACGUUAGAUCCAUACAUUCCUCAUCAUACCAGUGUUGGAAUUAAUUAUGUAAGGCACAGUUUGCAAAGUCCUUUUUCACUGAGCAGGUAGUUGUAGUGUUACAAUGAUGUCAUCGUGUGUGUGUGUGUGUGUGUGUGUGUGUGAACCUGCUGUUUUUAGCCGCUCGCACAUGAGGACGUCCCGUAGUGA